GUUUGGGGAGUUGAAAGCUUAAACACGGAGGCUAGCUAAGGGACCAAACAACUCCUUCAAGCUUAAACGUGUCAUUAUUAAUAGCCAUACCUCAUUUAUUUAUUAUCCUUGAAAACCAAGUACGUUGAUUGAAGGGUGUUCUUUGGUUGUCAGGUGACACCGAUUCGUCAAAGGGACUUAACGCUCAAACGAGCAGCCGCCCCGCUAAGCUAAGGCUACACUGUACUGGUGGACAGACACUAUCGGUUUCCAAAACGGACAAGUCACAAACGGUAAGAUGUUCGUAUUCUUUUCACCUUGUUAUCGUCAAUCUAUAGCUGAGGUCCAGGGUUUCAAGCUGGCGAAGUUGUUUUGAGCUACGCACGAAGGCGUUAGUAAGGAAUAUCACCUAACGGGUUUUGCAUGCAUAUUAUGAAACACGCAAGCUAAAACCACAGAGAGUGGGAUCCCAAGGUUUUGUUUGAAGGUAUUUACAAUCAUGUAGAAACAUGACAACGCGACGGGGCCGAACUCGAUUCAGAUUUUAAUGAAAAGACUACAGUGUCUUACAUUUGGUUUUUCUGCAAGCUUUUACUUCUCUAGACACGAAAUCGUUGAAUUAAUCCCGACCAUCUCUGGUUUUCAUUCACCUAUCACUUCAAUAGUCUACCAUUGUGGAGAAAAUGAUGAGCUUGAUUUACUAAGGAAAAGCCAAAGCUGGGGUUUAAUAGGGAUUCCCAAAUCUUCCAAUAUUAUAGACUCUUUUCCUGUUGCAAUAUUCUGUUUACAAUCAUUCGCCAUCCUAUCAAAGGGAAGGUUGUUGUCGAAUAACCAAGCUUCACUAGAGUCCCUUAACUAAUGUUACAUCAUUGGAAAUUAGGGGUUCUGCAAAAUCGGUGGUAGAUGCGCCGAUGGUUACUAAUAGUUUUGGAGUACCUUAGUCUGUGAUAAGUUAGCAGUGUCUAAUUCGCGGAUUUGAACCUGUAGAUCAGUUACGGAGCCGGGGUCAGUUGCGCGACAUAGAGCCCGCAAUUGUAGCGUGCCAACAACCGAGCUUAUUCACCCACGAAACCCACCCAGACACCCCAACAAACUCUCUUGACUUUUCUCUUGAAGAGGCUAGAAUUUAUCUACAACGACAAGAAGGAAAAUUUGAGUUAAUCUUGUCUGAGAGGCUAUAACGCCCAAAAGUCCGAAGCCAAGAUAAAAGCGCAAUAAUAUCAUUGAACACUGACUAAAAUAAGUUCGUUUAAAAAACAGCGACGAAAUUGAUAUUUUCGAGAUGUAGUUUUCAUUAUUUACCACUAUACUCUCCGAAUUUACGGUUCGUUCAUUAUGUGAUAUCGGGAGCAAACUACUCGGAAGAAGCUUUUACUUGUUUACAGAAUUGUUAAACUUGAGUUUAAGUCUCUAGUCUUCAAUACAAAAUCAGAGAGAAGGUGUUGACUUGAAAUAAUCCCUUGUAACAGAAUUGCAAGUCAGUAAAAAGACGUCGUUUUCUGAGAUAAAGGGUUUAAAAUUAAAUAAGAUAACGUUUACCUAUGCUAGUGUAUGUUGGACAAUUUCGUCCAAGUGCAUAAACAUUUUCAGCGCAAAUUUUUCACUGCAUUAUAUGAAAAUUCGCACCAAGCAAAUGCCGAUGUAAUUUUGCUGUCUUGGGUUAUUUUCUGGCGAUUGGACAUUAGGUUUUAUUUUGCACCGUUGAAAGCAGAAAACGUAACAGUGUAAGGGGAACUAUGCAGGAUCUUUAUUCUAACAGGCAGCAGUCUAAAAUUUUAUUAACACAUAGUUAAAUACUUUUGAGGAAAUCGUUCUAUUAUGGGAUUUGAUAAAAAAAAAAAGCAGAGAAAAAGACUUAUGUAGAAUUAGGAUUAUUAAAAUGUUAACACUUCUUUAAACUAAAUCCCGCGAAAAACAAAUCCUGGGAAGUAUGUUUUUCCAUCUUAAAAAUAAACUUUGAAAACAGAAGGAGUAUGAAACAUUAAAACGUUCCUUUGAUGUAACUUAAUACAUGCCGUUAAAAGCACGUUUUCAACUCUAGAGAACACAAAGAAAAUGAAAAUGAUGUUUUUGAAUCUAUCUAAGUGCGUAUGAAUGCAAAAAGACAAAGCAUAGGUUGGUUUCUUCGGCGAGAGCUGGGUUUAAUUGCACCUGUGGCAUUUCUCGGUGAAACUUAAGAGAUGCUGGUUAAAGCAACAGUUGAGCAAGACGAGAUUAACGAAAAAUAAGAAACAAAGUUGCAAAAUUAAAUAAAUACAACGAUUGAGAUCUGUAAACUGUCGUAACGCAAGUUUCCUGUCUUGUAGAAGGGAGAGCUUAAAAGGAGACUACAUCACCAAACCGGCCCACACAAGAUAAACAUCUCAAAUGAUGUCACAGUAACUUUAUAUCGACACAUUACGACCGAAAAAUAAGGAAGGCUGCAUUGACAGACACAGGGGCGGCUUGGGGAAGCAUAUGGUCCAUGCAAAAUAUGAAUUAAAAUCCACAUUUAACAUCUGGGUUAAAGUGAACACAAUGAUGAUGCAGUUUCGAAACGUGAGGUUUUGAGAACAAACUUUAUCACAUUCGAGUUUGCACUGUAAUCUUGGUUCGAUUUUGAAAUGGUGUAAUACUGGUUCGGAUUAUCAAAUUGUUACUUGUGCCCUAGUGUAUUGUCUUCGCUUUCUUUGUUUCGUGCCUCUAUGAACUGCCGAUGCUGGUUAAUGGUAUCAACCGGUACAUUGACGUUCACUAAUUGAACACCAUUGAUAAGCGCCUUCGAGGAAGCCAUUACCCGGAUCUAUAAAUUCAGUCAUGACCAGAUAAAAUCAUUGAGGAAGCCACUUAAUAAAGUGCGCCUAUUUAAAUAUUACCGGAAGGUAUCAUUUAUGUUGCAACUAUUAAAUUGAAUCUCUUCUAGUGAAGAAGACACCAGUGUCCCCGAUCAGCUUUUGUCCUCUCUAGACUCAUUCUGUGAAGGCCAUCACUUUUUGCUAAACCGAAAAUUUGAAAAAAAAAGAAAGGAUUUUGUUAUAGUCUGAGCCACUGGCAUGUAUCUAAACAACAUGUAUCCAAAAAUUAUUUUUCUUGAUUUAAAAUUAGAGUAAAUGGGGAGGGCUCUCAAGUUUUCAGUUUCAGCUAAUAUGGAUAUCAGAUUUAGCAAUUCGAUUGACAAGGGAAAAGAUACCAAGGCCAUUAAAGAAACUUAAAAGUCGAUAUAAAGGUUGAAUUACACUUCCGAUUCGAUCAGAGUUGCUUCGAUAUGUAUUUGACCAGAAUAUCCUCUGCGACGAACUAUUCAAGACAGAGACUUUCUGGCGAUGCUAGACAAAUAGAUUUGAAAUCGCAUAAAGGUUUCUGUCACUGUUCCAAACACACAGGUGCAAAAGCUGGCAAAACUGUUGUUCCAAAUAAAGACCAAUUCUUUAACUAUGUAUUACUUAUAUUUAUACUCAUAUCAGGGGUAAACUUGUAAAUUCAAAGCGACAUACGCUUACCGCAUUAUUGUAUGCUGGCAGCUAUAGGAAAAACAAAGCCAUACCGUUUAUUGACAGUAAAUUGGAUUAUGUAAAUAAGCCGUUCCCUUUAGCAUUAACACAGGUGUAAGGAAUGUGUUGUUUCCAAUCAGUCGAGUAAGAAUUUAAUAAAAAAUAUCUACGCCUAGGGCACUUCAAAAGAAGACUAACUGCGUUUCUUGUAAUUUUAGCUUAGGGUUAAACAGACGAAUUAUUAUUCCUUUCAUGUCGAUAUAAACACAUCUUUUAAAUAAUCAUUUCAAUGUAAAACGAAAACUUCCAAGGGCAAGUUAGGGAGACAAAAAUUUAUUGGAGUCUCUCGACGAAAUCCUGUGGUUUGAUCAUUCAAAUGAUAUCGCUCCAGGUAAUGUUUAACUUGGUACUAUAGUUUUUCAGUAUUUUGCAAAAAUCACAUUUGGGGUCAUAAAGUACCUUUCGAACUCUUAAGAGUAAAGGGGUUUACAUUUGGACUAGAAAUAUUGUUAUGACCUUUUUACUUGUAAUCUGUAUGUCCUUACGUUCAUACUAUAGCCUCUAUUAGGAAGCAAAGUCUCUCUUUGUAUAAACCCAGGCAAAGAUAUCUCAUGAGACUUUAUAAAAGGUAAUAACUCUGACGAAUUAUGGAAGUUUGUUGAGAUUUAGCUUUUUUCGCCUCUGAUGAAGGUUAUUUUUCUCCAUCCAUAGCUAUCCAAUCAGCCUUGCCUUCAAUCUUUAGUUGUUGAGAUUUCUGUCGAAUAGUCUCAGCUCAAGUCGUAGUCGAAGAUACUGUAAAUUAUCGAAUAACACUGAUUCAAGUAGGGAUCUUGAAAAAUUGGGAGCGCCAACGUUAAACAACUUUCUAAAAAAAUGAGGUGAGCUUAAACUGAAACAUGACUGCAAUUUAAAUUAUACGGGUUUUAUCUUAAGCUGUUACCAUGUGUGCUACUCCAGCUAAGGCAGGUUGUUGAGAUUUCAGACUCCCAUCUAUAGCAAGUAGAUGAACCGCUCGUUCAAACGUUAAAUGGAAUUAAAAGUGUUCAUGGAUUACCUGCAAGACAUGUAUGGUCACCCGCCCCUAUAUUGACAGGCAAAACUGCAGAUGUUACCAGACACAGAGUACUGUUUAUGAUUCAUAAGAAAAUCUUACUUAGUAAGUAGUUAUAUACUUGAUAGAUAUUUAUAACUGCUGAAAGCCCGCGUCUUGUUAAUUCAUAAGCUUAACUCAAACCCCACAUACAACAAAGACUUAGCUAAAACACCAAUACGCUAAACAUUAACUUAUUUUCUUGAUAUGAACUCUUCACAAUGAACACGAAUUUGAAUUUACUAGGCUUUCUACAAAAAAUGUUCCACAAACUAAAAUGGAAUUAACCUGAUAAUAUGCCACUGUACGGUUCAUAGAUGCUUGAUAACUAGAACCACUUGUUUUUGCUUUUGAAACAUUAAGUCUGAAGUUAGGAAGGCGUGCAUACAUAAAAGAACACGGUACUUAGGUCAGCGUAGUAAAACAUUUUCUCGGUGAACCCACCGUUCCGUAAGACACGCCUGACACAAUAAACCCGUUCCAAUAAAAAUAACAAAAAUUUCCUUAAAAGGUGUGUUGAAGUUGAUAGUAACUUUAUCAAUUGUGCACCUUGAAUGGUAACCCAUACUGUCAAGCGGCCCCCCAAAAAGGCUCAGGACACUCGACAAAACAGGAACAUUUCUAAAAACACAACCUGUGCACCGAAAUGAAAACAUCCGGCUUUGCAAAGAAAGGGAAACUUUGUUACAGUUUGUUUUAAUUUAAACUAUACUUCUCGACGCUAUAAACUUCUGGUUCUAACAAAAACGGGCGGAAGUCUGUCGUUCUUUUAGCUUCAAGAUUGAUACGUUGAAGUGCAACCACGCAUUCGACUAAAAGGCUUAUUUUGCUCCGCUACGGAUGUUUAUGAUUCCUUUAUCGUGAAUAGGCGUUUAUCAUGAUCUCAUGAAAGCCGCUUUUGAAAACUGGACAGUGGUUCUACAUCAUCACUACGCAAUGAAUCAUUUUUGUGGAACCAUUUUAUUACCAAAAACUAAUUUUGUACGAUGGUAGUGAAUGAUUUUCUUUAUCGUCAGCAUGCGCUUAUCAGAAUGCAAUCUUAACCAUAAAUACUGAUGAAAGCUUGUUCUGAAAGCAACACAUUUGUUAUAUAUUAUAAAUCACCUGUGUACCUAUUGCGAUAACCAGAUAUGUAGCCUAUCUUCUAGAAAAAGGCUAAAAAGUUAAUAAAAACUGUUGAGUAGGAAAAUAUACGGUUAUGGUUCAAAUGGAGUUGAUUACAUUAGGAAUUUUACAGCAUCAUCAAGAUAUCAAAUUGGAUGUUUUUGUUAUGAAGGAUCAUUUCCUACACAGGAAAAAAGGUUAUUAGUCUAGAACGAAACUUCCUUCUUCUUUUCAGUUAUCUUCCAGCAGGUCGUUAAAGCGUUGAAUCCCAGAGUCCAAAAUGUAUAAGAAGAUGACCUAAUCCAAAGAUGUGGCCAUUCAAAUGGAACCUCUCCAAGGGUACUAUUUUAUGGCGCUAUUUUUACGAUACGAGAUUAAGAAUUUUCCGGUUUGAGGUAUUUUGAUACUGACAGUGUUAAAAAAUAAUAAAAGAUACAUCAGUUUAUCAUAACCUUGAUUUCAAACUGCAAUAUCUCAUUUUAAACGGAGCGACUAGAGCUUAAAAACAACUGUUUUAUAUAGUUUAAACUAUUCUGUGGUUAAAACAAAGCCUUCAUUAGAAUAAGUAGGAUAAAAAAAGGCUACCAGCUUUGAAAAUUUGGCUACUGGUUUUAGAUUGCUCCAAAGCCCUAUGUUUAGUCGUAAAUAAUUACAUUACGAUAGCGAUCUUUUAAAUACGAGUGAUAAAAUUAACUGUUUAUAUUCUACAUGUGGAGAACAAUGCGGUACUUAGAUACCGUCCGGUUCCGCGAUGGCUACUGUUUGCAAAAAUAAAAGCACGAGAAAGUAGCUAGGGAUGCCUGGAGGGGAGGAAAUUUUGGAAUCCACAUCCGUGGAUGAUGGAUACAAUAUCAAAACACCAGGAAUGGCUGGCGUUUUCUUUAUAGGAAAUAUUAUUUAGAGAAGUUAAAACAGUGGAGAUCUCACAGAUCCUAGAUUGAGCUGUCAGAACAACCUGCUUCUAAUGGCUUGUCAGACGUCCAAUAAAUUAUUCAUUUCUUUUUCGCUUAAUGGAAGGGCACACUUAGCAAGUAAGAGAAGAACAUCUCGAAUUUCAAAAGUUUAUGGCGCUUUCAAAACAGAAAAAUAUGUAGGUGGACUUUAAGCAACGAAAAAUGUGUCCAUUUUAAAUCGUUUGGUUCAAAUCUAACGUCAUUCAGAGUUAUGAGAAACAUUCUUCAAUGUCCACGUCAAUUUGUCAAAUGAAUCUUAAGGUUCAACAUUCAUAUCUGAUCUUCAACAAAAAAUUAAGUGAAGAGAUAAACAAUUGCUGUGAAGGGCGCACGAGGAAAGGUAAAACUUGUCACCGCUUGAAUAUUCGUUUUAGGCGCAUUUUCAGUUGAACACUGAAACUUCCAACUUACAUAGUUUCCAAAUCGAUGGAAAAUAGCCAAAGUUUGUAUCAGUUUCCAUUUUAGGUGUCAAAAAUGGCCAGCUGUGGUGCCCGACAAGUUUGAGAGUUAGUCGUUUCACUUGUCUCUUAACAUGAUUGCUAAUUACGAUGCGGUUAAACUUUAUUACACAUGUGAUGGUGCAAAACUAUAAAAGUGUGCUUUUUAUAUAGGACUCCCUUUUUUCUGGCUGAACUGGAGAAGAUAAUCCGCAGGAAUAACCAGAGGGGACUCGUCAGUUGUACUUUAAAAAUUUUGAAAUUCUCUUUUAUAAAGAGGGGUGUUUUCUUUUCGGUUUUCGACUCAUCUAAUUUUUGACGCAAGAAACCAUGUUAAAAAAAGGGGAAUUGUACCAGACUAAUCACAACUUCACGCGCCAUCCUAAAUUCAGAUACGUUUGUAUGACAAGCGGAAACACUGAGAUAGAAAACGAAAAGGACAUCGAAGUGCAUGUAUAAAGGAACUUCUUGUUCCAUUGGAAAAUGUACACUGUUGUCUUGAAAAGCAAAAUGUCCACGAAACAAUCUGGCUAACACCUGGAUAAGCCAAGGAAGACAUGCUAUUGUUUAAUAUGUAUUUCGCUGAUUGGUUUGACUGUCAUGUCCACAACGAUAAAUUCGAAAAAUCAACAAACAGCGCCUUUGUUCGCGCCCGUCUCUCAUAACAUUAUUAGCCUUCUAAAUUAGCAUCUUUGGGGUAAUAGCUCGACGUAAACAUUAAAGUGCUACUUUUUUCGUGUCUCGGUUUUAUUAGUGGCCGAACAAAUAGUCGCUGGGGAAAGAAACACGAUCUGUGUGUUGGGUUUCAAACAUAAUUUACUCGCAGUCAGUUAUUACCAAGUUCAAACUUGUCGAGUUUCACCAUGGCGCGUUUCAUUAAAGCCACUAAUGAGUUGAAAAGGCGCGAAUCGAAGGUAAUUGCAUUUGGCGCUCGGCGGUGAGUCUUUCUCCUCAAGGACCCGUGUUUGAGCGGAAGUGGCCUUUUUCGAAAACGCAAAGAAGUGGAUUGACAUUGUUUCUAUGGUGUUUGAUUUAACAUCUCGUAAGAAAAUAUAAACCAUCUGGAUAGCGCUAGCUGACCAAUCACAGACUAAGGUUCAAGUUCUAAUCUUAAUUUAAUAAUGACAUUGUCACGCCAGUGAAUGAAAAUUUGCCUGAUCAGUUCUGGGUGACAUUUGCUUUUUGACUGUGUGUGCAAUUUGAUUCCAAGCAGCUAUAAAGAGUGCGAGUGCCGUCUUAAGUUCAGACAAACAGACAAUACAAAGAAGUGAUCGUGAAAGGAUAAACCGACCCCGCCGCUGCUGCACAACUGAUCCCAGCAACGCAGAAUGUUGCCAACCUUCAGCUUCACCCCAGAGCAAGUGGCGUGCGUCUGUGAAGUCCUUCAACAGAGCGGAGAUAUAGAGCGCCUCGGGAGGUUUCUGUGGUCUCUUCCAGAAUGCGAAACAAUCCAGAAGAACGAGAGCGUGCUAAAAGCAAAAGCUUUAGUUUCCUUUCACCAGGGAAACUUCCAAGAACUGUAUCGUAUCCUGGAAAACAAUUCGUUUUCACCGAGCUCUCAUCCUAAGCUACAGUCGCUGUGGUUAAAGGCCCACUAUAUCGAAGCGGAGAAACUCCGCGGUCGACCUCUAGGAGCUGUUGGAAAGUAUCGUGUUCGACGCAAAUUUCCUCUACCAAGAACGAUCUGGGACGGCGAGGAAACAAGUUACUGUUUCAAAGAGAAAUCAAGGAACAUAUUGAGAGAGUGGUACUCGCACAACCCUUACCCGUCACCUCGGGAAAAGAGAGAACUGGCCGAGGCAACAGGUCUAACUACAACACAAGUUAGCAACUGGUUCAAGAAUCGAAGGCAACGAGACCGAGCGGCGGAAGCUAAAAUUAGGUAAGCCUUCGCUCGAGAGAUAUUUGCCAUCUAUUUAUGGCUUACGAUCACAAACGUUUACCUUCACCUCAAAUCACUUUAAAAAGCUUAGUUUGUCAUACAACACUAAAUUAGCCAGUCCGAGAAGGCAUGCACGACUCCUGACUCUGGGCUUACACUUUUGGACUGUCUGUAUAUUUUGUUCCUCUCGCAAAUUUAAGAUUUGUUUAGGAUAUUUAUUGAGCUUCUUGAGGGUCGGAAGUUGAUAUAGCGACAUAAACAGUAACUAGCUGUUCAUUUCAUAAAUUAAAUUUUCCUUCAAGAAAGGGGAUCGUUUUCAGCACACAUCAAAUAUACAUAUAUAUCAGUUCAUGACAAUCUAUGUGCGUGUAUGAACUGACCACAUUAUCGAUAGCAAUACCACGCUUCUUCCUUGAUCGACCUUUUUAUGCCAAAGAGAAGCGGAUACGGGAGUAUAUUCAACGAUUUGGUCUGACCCUGCUCUUGAAGUGAUGGAAAAAUCAUAAUGGGUGAUGGCUCGCGCGAGUCAUUCAAAUGUUGAAAAGCCGGUCGGCAAGGCAGAGAUAUACUUCAGUCUGAUAUUUGCGGCUUAGCCUAUCACCAGAUAUCAAACUAAGUACUAAGUCGCAAUAAUAUUGGGCCUGAAACACGCAUUUACCCAUUUAAUAUCGAGCAUUUAAUGCAAUCAGACGCUGAGCUGUUAAAUUUUAGUACUAUAUACCGUAUGAUGUCAUCCUGAAUGGCGAACACUGGGAAACUUUUAGUGAACUGUUCCAAGACAAACUUCUUUUGUUUUGCGCUAUUGGUAAAAUAAAAUUUAGGAUUUUGUUUAAAGAAACGUGGACACUUUUGGGAUUAGAAUGAACAAAGGACGAGAAACAAGUUGACGUUUACACGUCAGAAGUCGCGCAUUAGCGAGUGUAAGGGGGUUCGCGCUCGUUUAUCAUGUCCUAACCGUUGCUUCUGUUGAUUGUGAGCAGAGAAUCAACUGUGGAUAUAAGAACCAAGCAGAUGCUGAACCCUGAGAAGCAGACAAUGCUCGGCGACGUUAAAAAGUGCGGAAUUCCCGAUUUUUCCCACUGUAUGAAUGGCGGGCAUAUCACAGGGUCACACACGCCUGUGCCAGUUAAACUGGAGGUGGACGAUCCAACGCUUAUGGCCGCGAUGUCGCAGGAAUCAAUGGCGCCUGUAUCGGCCACUGAAUUUACACAUGGACUUCACGAGAAUCACAUGCUUACCACAUUAACAAACUCGCUAGUAGGACUAUAG